CUCGUCAGCUGUCAAACUACGGAUUCUUUAACGUAACCUGCGCUUCUCUUUGGAACAUUUAAUAACAUGUUAUUAACGGAGACGUUCCCCGUGAUAUCCACGAACACGGCUGUGUAUUUAUAGACUUUCUGACCGGUUAAAAUCGGGUUUUGGACGGAGGGAUGCCGGUGGAGAGCGGGAGCAGCGCUGCCCGCCAGGCCAAGCAGAAGAGGAAGUCCCACAGCCUGUCCAUCCGCAGGACCAACAGCACCGAGCAGGAGCGCUCCGGUCUGCAGAGAGACAUGCUGGAGGGACAGGACUCCAAACUGCCUCUGUCUCUGAGGGGCAAUCUGCUGGACCUGUUCAGUCAGAUCGAGAGGGAGUUUGAAAACCUCUACAUAGAAAACCUGGAACUUCGCAGAGAAAUCGAAACGCUGAACGAUCGUUUGGCUGCAGACGGACAGACUUUCGAAGGGGCAGAUUUAGCCAAAGGAGCACUGAAAACAAAAGCGAGUCAUAGCACGAGCCAGCUGUCACAAAAACUAAAGACGACCUACAAGGCUUCAACAAGCAAGAUCGUGUCCAGUUUCAAAGCGACCACAUCCAGAGCCGUGUGCCAGCUGGUAAAGGAGUAUGUCGGCCACAGAGACGGAAUCUGGGACCUCAGCGUCUCCAGGAUUCAGCCUGUGGUGCUCGGUACUGCAUCAGCAGACCACUCUGCCAUGCUGUGGAGCAUUGAGACGGGAAAGUGCCUCCUCAAAUAUAUGGGCCAUCAAGGAUCAGUCAACUCCAUCAAGUUCCACCCGACUGAACAGAUGGCUCUAACAGCUUCUGGAGAUCAGACAGCUCACAUCUGGAGAUACAUGGUGCAGCUGCCGACUCCACAGCCGGUUGCUGAUAUCAGCCAGACACCCUGUGAAGACGACCCGGACUUCUCGGAUAAGGACGAGGCCGAAGGCGAGGUCGAGGGUCCGAACGACUGCCCGUCCGUCCGCGUGGCGACCACGACGCUGCGCAGCCAUCAGGGUGUGGUGAUCGCCGCCGAUUGGCUGGUUGGGGGCAAACAGGUGGUGACGGCCUCCUGGGACCGAGCCGCCAACCUGUACGACGUGGAGACUUCAGAGCUGGUUCACUCACUCACCGGCCAUGACCAGGAGCUGACCCACUGCUGCACACACCCCACCCAGCGUCUGGUGGUCACCUCAUCCAGAGACACCACCUUCAGACUGUGGGACUUCAGAGACCCGUCCAUCCACUCCGUCAACGUGUUCCAGGGACACACCGACACGGUGACGUCCGCUGUCUUCACGGUCGGAGACAACGUCGUGUCCGGGAGCGACGACCGAACCGUCAAAGUGUGGGACCUGAAGAACAUGAGGUCGCCCAUAGCAACCAUCCGCACCGACUCCGCUGUCAACAGGAUCAGCGUGUCCGUGACCCAGAAAAUCAUCGCCCUUCCUCACGACAAUCGGCAGGUCCGGCUGUUCGACAUGGCCGGGGUGAGACUGGCUCGACUCCCACGGAGCAACAGACAGGGUCACCGGCGGAUGGUGUGCUGCUCCGCCUGGUGUGAAGACAACACCACCUGCAACCUGUUCACCUGCGGCUUCGACCGGCAGGCCAUCGGCUGGAACAUCAACAUCCCGGCUCUGCUGCAGGAGAAAUAACCUCCUCCUCCUCCUCCUACCGACGCCGCUGUCACCGCACAGUGAAACUCCACCCAAAGUCCGUCAAACACUCACAUCCUGCAGGCUUAAAAAAAGGUGGCUUUGAAAAGCUUACUCUGUUUUUUUCUGUUACCGACGCAAUGAGUGUCUAGUGCAUCUGUUACGCUCUCUAACUAACCGCCGCCAAUAUACACAGAACACAUUUGAUUCCUCGCCGUCCAAAAGAGGAAAAAAAACAACUAACUGUUACACUGAUGAAAGAAAAACACUGAAGGGUCUUUGUCUUCUUAGUUGAAGACUGAAAUUAAGACGCUGAGCAAAUUAACAGCAGGUUUAUGUUUGGACAAGAUGCUUUAAAGGAUAAAUCCACUAGUUUUAAAUAAUCAGAUUUGGUCGUUUUAACAAGUUAAUCUUUGAUGACUUGCCAUUUACUCUGCUUUUCUCAGAUUUCCAUUUUUGCUAUACCUUCUAAGGUACUAGACUUUUCUGCUUCUGGAAAUAACUUGACAACACAGAACAUUGUCUAAUGAGGUGUUUUGUUAAAAGCAUGUUAAAAGUGGAUUUUUCCCUCAUUUGAGUUUCAUCCAAAUUUAUUUUUGUUUUGGCACCUGAGACUCGUUGCUUCACACUAAUUACACUUUAAAAAACAGCUAUAGUGUUAUCAGAGCGGCUGUCCUUUUGAUGUCACGGAUCGGUUCAGGCUCAGCGUUCAGACGUUCUGUGUGAUUCAGUAACGCACCUUUUUGAAAGUAUUCAUAGCUUUUCAUUGCUAUUUUAGGGGGAAAUAAUAUGCCUUUACAGCUUCUGUACACAGUCAGAAUGGAAAACAACUCAAUGCUGGUGAGUUUCAGCUGGUGGCUGAAAGGAUUGAUUUCUACACAGCCAGAUGCUUUGGCACAUAAAGGUCCUACUCUGUAGUGGAAAUCAAAAAGGCUGAUAAAGGAACUGAAAUUGUCUGGUUUCUCUUCUGUUGCGACAUAAAAAAAAAAGGAUUGACACUGGUGUGGUCUCUCUUUAGCUUGAAUUUGUAACUUUUCUCUUCUAAAACUUCUCCAGUGUUGGUCCCAGUUUUGUCACUUUGCUCCCAGAGUUGUCGUUCCAGAUCUGACUGUGUUUCUGUUUCUGUAAAGAACCAUGAACCGUGAACCAUGAACCACUGUGAGUCACCUCCCUGCCCCGUUGGCGGUUUAUUGUUAGAAGCUGAUAAAUGUGUAGACGCUGUUCCCUCUGAGACUCGUGUGCAGGGAGGAAAUGCGGUUCCAGUGUUUCUGUACGUGUGCAAAUGAAAUCUUUAGUCUCUAAGAGCAACACCUGUUGAAAUGGUUGUUUGGCAGGGCUGGGUAGCGAGACAUCAUACCAUAAGUAUACUCUGUAAUAAUUUGACUUUUCCAGGAACAAAGGAACCUUUUUAGGAACUUCAGCUAUAAGAAAGUAUUACAGUGAGGCCAUUUUUAGCAGAUAUAAAGGGAAAGAAAUAAGUCUGCUGUGGUCAGUAGAGAAAGCAUAUUAUUUGUAGAUGUGACAUAACAAUUAACGCACUUUAUCAUCUUAUGAAUUCUGAUUUAAUUCAACCAAAUGAUUAAAAAAAGUUCCUCGGCUGCCCGGCCCUGCUGUCGUACCAAUACUUGACAUGAUUGUAAAAAAGUUUUUUCUAGUUAAUCGCAGUGCCCUUUAGUCAUUGGUGUUGAAACACUGUCGUUCUGUCAGUGUUAUAAUUGUUAUGGUACUUUAAAAACUAGUGAAAUCUCUUCAGUAGUGUUCGUGAUGCGUUCGCUGUCUGCUGCUUUGCUUUUCCCACUGCCACUAAAACAGCCAAAGCUGCAUUUAGGUGAAUGGGAGAGGGUGUAAUAAUGUGUGUGUGUGUGUGUGUGUGUGUGUGUGUGUGUGUGUGUGUGUGUGUGUGUGUGUGUGUGUGUGUGUGUGUGUGUGUGUUUGAGAAGAAGUCUGGUGAUACAAAUCAAAGUCUAAAAACGUGUUUACUGUUGUGAUAACAGGACAGUUCAAGUUCUGAAUUCCGUACAACUGUUGUACUCUGUUGUGCUCCUGAGUUGCGACAUUAACACGAUGAACAAGCACAGUCCAUUUCACACUGAUUGUUUUUGAGCUUUAGCUUUGUGGAGCGUUUAGCUGGUUUGUAACAAAAGCGUUCAUUCAAACGACUGCAUCAACAUGACGAACGUGUGUGUGUAUAUUAGGUUUCACUUUACCGCUGCCUUUUGGCUUUGUUUUAACCCAGUAAAAUGUAUUUCAAUACAAUAGUAAAAUGCUUAGAAUGACCAUUUUGUGUAAAAUUGGCAUCUUUACAUUUAAGAUCAAAUAAAUGGGAGAGUCUUAACAACAAACUAAAGUGAUAACUUGUCAAAAGGAAAAUGUGAAAUGUCCACCUCCUCUUUCUUUAAAACCGUAACUUUUGUAUCAUAUAAAUUGUAAUAUAUAUAAAGAAAUGAGCAGGUUUUGGCUGUAUAUUGUUUUUCAGCUGCAGCAGUUUUUUUUAUUAGCCUUUCUAAGUUUAUGACGUGAUCCUGCAUCUCAUUUGUUUUUACUUUCUGUAAAUGACAGAUGUUCCGAUACCGUUUCAAUCCGAUACCAGUGUGUUAAAGACAUAACGAUGUUUUACUGGUGGGGAUUUUUCAGUUUAAAAACAUUGCCAAAUCGGUAUCGGUAUCGGAACAAUUUCAGUGUUAAAUCCAUUUUACUGCUUCACAAUGGAUAACGUUGUAUCAUCCGUCAAAGGCUUUACCUUCACAUUAAUCAGUCCUUUUUGUAAUUUAGACUAGAGAUGGCAAAUAAAGUCCAACGUUUUGCAUCUGGCUAAGUAAAAGUUAGCUUUAUGAAUGUAAAAAAUGUCAGUUGCAGACUAAACUUGUGUUGUAUUGUACAUUAUGUUUAUUUGUGAGUAGUUGUUAUUUAUAUUAGUGUUAUAUUUCUCACUGUAGGAAUACCCUUUUGCUCAAAAGUUACAACAACAAUCUGCAGAAAUCAUCCCUAAAUCCAUUCUGCAGAAGGAGUCGUCUCUGGUUUAACUGACAAAACAUUUUGUUUGUGUGAAGGAAAUUUAAAAGCUGCAUUUUUGUGUGUGUGAAUGUUGGAUCUUUGGUUUAUCCAAUUCUGUUUAAACAAGUUUCACUGCAUUAUCUACCACCACUGAGCCACUCUUCCUAACAAUGUUAAUAAUGUUCUCAUUCUCACUCACAACGAAACACAUCGUCACUGAGCAUCGUCCAUCUCAAAUCCACCGUCGUGAAGCCGUGUUAAACUGUGGCUCCUUGGUGUAAACAGUGUUUUAGUGGUCGACGUGGUUCGAUGUAGAACAACAAAAACGACAACAAGUUCAGUUCUCAGAAGAAGAAAAAAAACAAAAACCUGUUGGAUCGACUUGACGGCAGUUUUGUGGGUUAGAGCUGUGUAAUAAGGAACAAGCUUCUGCUUGUGAAAUCAAAAUAAACCAU